AUGGAAAAACCUCAAGUUAUCAUAACAACCGUAAAAAGAGGAGACGAGAUCACCUAUCCCAAGAAAGGAAACCAUCUGCGCAUCCAUUUCGAAGCUUUCAGACCCAAUGGAGAAAAGAUCGAAACUACAAAAGAUGCUGAUCGCCCAUUCGAGUUUCAAAUAGGAGUCGAUGACGUUAUUCCUGGCUUGCAACAAAUACUUUAUAAAAUGACCAUCGGAGAAAAAGUCAAAGCAGAAAUCCCCCCCCAGUUCGCCUAUCAGAGAGAAGGAUUGACUGGCAUAAUCCCAAGCAAUGAAAAAUUAAUCAUGGAAAUUGAGUUAAUAUCAAUAACAUUCUGA